AUGAUGACUUUAUAGUGCCAAACACUUGUAUUUUCUUGUCUAACAGGCUGUUGUAUCUCAUAAGGUAUCGUCCAAAUGGUUAAAAAAUUAUGAAAAUCCUAAAGGUCACCGGGUAAUGACUUAUAUAGAAGAUGAGGAGCUGAUAGAUUGCCUUUACAACUUCUUGGAUGAAGUGCUGUCAAGAGCUGUAGGCACUUUUGACAGGAUUGACAGAGUCCGCAUCAUUCUGGAUGUGCUGAUGCCAGAGGCUCUUAUUAAAGCUAUACAAACAGAUGAGAGGAUUUCUCUGCCAGAGGCAGAAAAUCUGUUCAUGGAUGGACCAGUAUACAGUAAGUGUGAGAGGGAAGAGUUUGACAUACUUGUUUUGCAACAGUUGGAAGCACAAGGAAAGCACCACUGAGGCAUUUAAACUCGGGAUUACAUCUCAACCCUACUCAAAUAAAUGUGUCUCUUUCUUUACUUCUCUUUUGCCUUUCUUAUUUCGGUGUGUUAAAAUGACUGUGCAUAAUAGAGUUGUAUAUAUUUAAUGUAACUAUUGAUGUAAAUAAUAAAGGACACUUUCUGUUAUUGUUAAAGAUUGUUGAUUAAGUUCUGUAUAUUUGAAAUUGCUUGUCU